GAUGAUCGACAUGGGCUUCGAGCCGCAGGUGAACGCCGUGCUCGCGGCAAUGCCCACCUCCAACCUCAAGCCCGACGACGAGUCUGCGCUCAUCGACCUGUCGGGCGACACUAAGUACCGGCAGACCUACAUGUUCUCGGCGACGAUGCCGCCGUCGGUGGAGCGGAUCGCGAAGAACUACCUGCGGCAGCCCGCCUUUGUGUACGUCGGCGACCAGAGCUCCUCCAAGGCCAACAUCACGCAGCACGUCGAGAUGCUCAAGGAGAACAAGAAGAAGGACAAGCUGCUCGAGCUGCUGCAAAACGGGCCGCCGCCGCCCAUCAUCAUCUUUUGCAACGGCAAGCGCGGCUGCGACGUGCUCUCUCGCUCGCUCGACAAGAUGGGCUACCCGACCGCCGUUAUCCACUCGGGCAAGGACCAGGCGACGCGCGAGCUCGCGAUCGAGGGCUUCAAGUCGGGCGAGUUUGAGAUUCUGGUGGCGACCGACAUCGCGGGGCGCGGCAUCGACAUCCAGGGCGUCGAGCACGUCAUCAACUACGACAUGCCGAAGGACAUCGAGAGCUACACGCACCGCAUCGGCCGCACGGGCCGCGCCGGCCGCAAGGGCGUCGCCACAACCUUCGUCACGGGCGAGGGCAUCGAGGAGAACGUGCUCUACGACCUCAAGGUCAUGCUUACCUCGUGCAAGCAGCCGGUGCCGCCCGAGCUGGACAGGCACCCGGCCGCCAUUCCAAAGGAGCAGCGCGAGUACCGCAAGGCACACCCAAAGAUCAUCGAAGCGAAGAAGUAGAUCGCGGUCGAGACGUCGGCUUCCGAGGCCUCUCUCACGAAGGAGCAGGUUGUGGCAGGAGGGAGAGGGCCCGACUGGCAACUGCCAGCUCGCAGGUGAGAUGCCUGCGCGCGGCCGGGUGUGUUUUGCUCGAGGUGCUUGUACGCAGAGGUGUAUGAUAGCCUCCUGCCUGAUCGCAGCAUGGGUGCAUGAAUACAAUCUUUGGAGACUCAUAAUCACAA